AUGAUUUACUCCUCAGGAAGAGAAUCCUUCUUCAACCUGAACUCCACCUGGUACGACCCCUCUGGUUCCUGGCUGGACACGCGGCGCACGCCCUUCCGCUACGGUUACUCCACCUGCUGCUCCUCGGGCGGCUCCUCGGGCUGCCACGGCGAGGGUUGCGAGGGCAUGAGGGGCCACGACUACCGGCACUACGGCUACCGACAGCCCCGCUGCGCCGAGCGCUGCCACGGCUACUCCAGCUCAUGCCAUGGAGGGGGGGACAGCUGUGUCAGGAGGCCCACGUACAGCUAUGGGGGCUCAGGAGGGUGCCAGGGUUAUGGGAGGUCUGUGUGUGCUGAGAGGUGCCAGGGUUCCUCAGGUUCAUGCCAUGGAGGAGGGUCCAGCUGUGUCAGGAGACCCACGUACAGCUAUGGGGGCUCAGGGGGGUGCCAGGGUUAUGGGAGGUCUGUGUGCUCCGAGAGGUGCCACGGGACAGCGGUCCAAGGGGGGAAGCCGUGCUGUGGGACCCCAGUGCAGAGCAUCCCAGUGCAGAGCUGUCCCCAACCAGUGCAGAGCAUCCCAGUGCAGAGCUGUCCCCAGCCAGUGCAGACCUGUCCUCCACCAGUGCAGGUGUGUCCCUGUCCCUGUCCCCCUCCCGUGAAGAGCAUCCCAGUGAAGAGCUGUCCUCCCCCAGUCCAGACCUGUCCCCCUCCAGUCCAGACCUGUCCCUGUCACUGUCCCCCUCCGGUCCAGCAGGGCUGUGUCCCCGUGGCCAAGGGCAUCCCCCGCCAGCAGCAGAAGCAGGUCUGCAAAGUGCCAGCCCGGAAGAUCAAAUAA